AAUGUUCAUUCCCGCUCAGCUGGAAGGCCAACCAUUAAUCUCUUAAAGGAACAAGGUGCCACAAAGGUGUUGCUGCAUGCGUUUGAUGGGAAGCCAUCCGUAGCGAUGGAAGGGGUGAAAGCUGGGUACUUCUUCUCCAUUCCUCCCUCCAUUAUAAGGAGUGAACAGAAGCAGAAGCUUGUGAAGCUGUUACCUCUGGAAUGUAUGUGCUUGGAAACUGACUCUCCUGCUCUGGGGCCCGAGAAACAGGUGAGAAAUGAACCAAAAAAUAUUUACGUUGCUGCAGAAUACAUUGCCAAAAUUAAAGGAAUUCCGGUUGAAGAAGUUAUAGAAGUGACUACACAGAAUGCACUGAAAGUAUUUCCCAAACUUCGGAACUUUCUUCGGGUAUAGACUGAGAAAUUGAAAUACAUGAUGUUGCAGAAACUCUUAUUUAUUAUGUAAUUAAUAAAUCCAA